ACCGUCACCAGACGUCAUCGGCAGGCCCGCGCCCACUGUGUCGGCGACAGCAGAGGGAGGCACCAGCUCGAGACGGAGGAGAUACGGCAGCAGAGGGAAGCACACCAGCUCAGAAACACAGGAGACGCGCCAUGGCCAAUACCAGUCAACUCGGCAUUCCUCGGCAGCUGGGUGUUCGGCUCGUGCUGCUGAUGCUGAUGUCCCUCUCUGCGGUGCACCGGUGCGCUAGCACGUGCCCGGCCAACCACUGCAACAGUGGUGGCAUCUGCUUCCGGAUCAACCAGGUGAUGCAUCACGACGUGGCCAAGUGUUUCCGGAUCGCGUGUCGCUCCUCUGCGAUCACCGGCGUGUCGUCAGUGGUCCGAAUGGAGGACGUCGGCGACUGCGGACAGUGUUGCGAGUAUAAUGCCGAUAUCUACGCCGUGGAUGAAGAAGUGUUCUUCGAGGACGACUACUGCACCAGAAGAUGUGCGGGGCAGGACGUCUGGUCAGGAUGCAUUGACGGGAGCACCACUUCAGCGAGCACCACCACCAGCGAGACUACCACUCCACCCAGCACCAGCACAGCCGGUAACCGAUCGGCCCGUCACCAGGGCUAGAGGACGCUCUGGCGACCGACGAGAGACCCCGGCAGCCUCCACUGGCGGCUCGUCAGGACACGUUAUUUGUCGGAUGAGUCUCCGCCAGUCUCAGGAGGCCAUAUUCGGUAGCGCGUCUGCGACGUACCACCCCUCGAACCACAGACGUGACGGAUUAUCUGUGCGGAGCCACGCGGAUCGGGGAAAUGGCCGCCGCUGG